GGUAAAAAAGUGGACAAUGUAGGUCCGUCGGAGGCAGCUUUCCAUGCAGGUGUGGUGAAUGUAAUGGAAAACAAUCACCACAAAAUUCACGGAGAAAAACAUCCUCAGCAUUGGAGAAGCUGCAAGUUGAUCAUAGACCCUGCGUUAAAGAAUGGAUUUCAUAAAGUGUAUCGCUACGAUGGGCAACAUUUUAACAUGCCUGUUAAGGAUUUAGGGGUCUUUCCUGUUGAUACUGUCCGGGAUCCCAGAAUCUUUCAUAUUUGGACCAAAUUCAGAGACAUUGACCUACUGGUACCCAAAUUUAAGAUUGAUGAAUGCUAUGUCGGGCCUCCUAAGGAAGUGACAUUCGCCAGGUUAAACGACAAUGUAAAGGAGAGCUUCUUGACCGACAUGUGCAAAAAGUAUGGACAGAUUGAGGAAGUGGAAAUCUUGUAUAAUCCUAAAAACAAGAAGCAUUUAGGAAUUGCUAAAGUCAUCUUUGACACAGUCAAGGCAGCAAAGGACAGCGUGGAACACCUUCAUGGCAUCUCUGUCAUGGGGAACAUCAUCCAUGUGGAACUUGACCCAGAAGGUAAAAACAGAAUGCUGUACUUCCAUCUCCUUGUUAGUGGUCUCUACACCCCUUGGACAUUGCCACUGGGCAGUGAUGAUGCCCUCCAAAGCCUGACUAACUGUUUCCAGGACAGCAAACCUCUGCACAGACUGACUGAUGGGAUCUCACAAUUGACCCAGUCAAUUUUCAGUCCCGCCAGUGUGGCCACACCUCUCUCCCUGGACACAGCCUAUUCCAGUAUCUGUCAGGACACGCCGGGGAGUUUUGGGCAGACACCCCUCUCUCUGGGCACACCUCGCACCCCCUGCCUGUCAGUGACCCCCCUCUCUCAGGACUCCUGCUACUCCAGCCAACACACCACCCCAGUCCACCAAAUCAGUCAGGCCGAACACUCUUUCACCUGCGGUGCUCACCGACGCUUGAGGCGUGAUGUGUGCUAUUACCAGCCAGGCAGACCUUAUGUGAGAUCCCACCAACGGAACUCAGAGCUGAGCUCUCUCCUCAAACCCAUGCAACCCCCCCAUGCUCGUCUCCCUCUCCAGUUCCAAACCCAGGCUUCUGAUAGAGGCUACAAAUCUUCCCGGUACCAGAACCCUCCGUCCUUGGCUGUCGAUAACCCAGUCACUGAGCCUCCCCUCCACCUCUCAGGUCCUGAACAGGAGUCCUUUGGUGUGCCCUCUCUACCACCUCCCUCUGAGUCUUUCCCUCUGGGCAGUCGCUUUGCCAGGGCCCAAAGCGUGAACAUGGUACCUCUGAAGGAGAGGCCACCUUCUCCCCUGUCGGAGCCUGACGUGGACAUUUCAGACUGUUCCCCUGGAAGCCCCGCCCCAGCUGCGGAGAGCCACAGUCUGGACUCGCGCAUUGAGAUGCUGCUCAGGAAGACGUCUGGGUCCUGCCCCUCCCUCCACGGGGAAACGGCUGUGGAUGCUCCAGUGCCCUCUCAGGACAGCCCGGCUUCCCCGUCUUUCCCUGUCUUUAUGGACUCUCCUGAGCCUGAGCGCAACCCGGGCCCUGGUGGAUCUCCUACCGCCUCUCCCCGAAACACCACCGGUGAUGGCUUGGAGGAUGUCAGUCCAAAUCCCCUCCCUGAGUGCGAAGGAGACAAGCUCAUUACAGAGGUGCCUGCCCCAAUAUGGACCUCCCAGCCCCCCAGGCCCUCUGGGACACACUCUGUCACUCCUAGAGAGAGAAGUGAAGCAAUAACAAAAGGACAUGCAGAUCCAACUACUUCUGACAAAAAAAAUAUUAGAAGAGAGCACCAUUCGUUAUCAUUACCUCAGCGUCUCCAUGAGCCAAUGGAAAACGAGGACAUCUCGGAUGGAGAGCGAUCUGGAACGUCAGUUCCCAAAUGCAAUGGUUCGGAGGGCAUCACAGACACCUCCGUUCCCUUCUUACCACAUUGCCUUCCAGUCUCCUCUAUCAGCCACCCUGUUCCAGUCCCUUCAUCCAAUCCUCACAAUUUACUUCCCUUUUCCAAUCCUCCUCCACCAAUCACGCCCUUCAACCUCCCCAUCCGGUUCCCUCCCUCUAACCCUCCUCCUCACAUCCGCUGUUCUGUACCUCCCAUUCCAGUUCCCCUUUCUAGUGGAGUUAUUCCAAUACCCCCUCCAGGAUUCCCUCUGCUUCCUCCACCCGUCCGUCUCCGUGGGACUCCUCCACCCAUGGCAGCCCCUCCCUCCGUCUUGCAGCCAUUCUAUCCAUAUCCUUUGAACACUCUGCAUGCUGUGCAUCUGGACAGAGUGAACAGCGUUUCUGGUUGUGGCGGUAUGCCAGUCUCUUUUGCUGGGCCACCCUGGCCCCUGCCUCCCAUCAUGCCCGCCUUUGACCCGUCUGUGCCCCCGCCGGGCUACCGGCCUCUGCUGGAAGACCCCCGUAAAGCCACUGUGGAAAAGGUGCUGGCAGUCGUUACAGUGGAGCUGAAGUCCAUUGUAAAGAAAGACAUCAACCGUAAAAUCAUUGAGGGAAUAGCUUUCAGGGCAUUUGAUGAGUGGUGGAAUAGCCAGGAGCAGAAAGCCAAGUCUAUAACUUCAGUGAAGGCCAGAGAAGGUUUAGAGGACGUGAUGACCAAACCCAGAGACCUGUUGAAACAGAUCAUCGGCCAGCAUGGUGCCAGGACCCUGCCUUCCUUCAGGGUGAAGAGGAAAGAGUCGGACGAUGCAACUACCUCUGGGGACUCUCAAAGAAAGUGGCCCACCUCACCAGUGAAUGAAGUGCUUGACAACGCUGUGCUGGAAAGUGAAAUUAUAAAUGGCACAUCGGACAGGUCCCCAAAACAUUUACGUUUUCCAGCUGUCAGGCGAAGACAUGCAAGGCCACUUGAGCUGGACAGUGAGGGGGAGGAGGAGGAGAUAAGCAGAGAAAAAGAAGAGCAGCCAAUGACAAACAAAGAGGAGAAUACUGCGACAGCAGACACAGUUUCUCAGCACAAGGAGGAUGAAGAUGAUGAUGUUGAUGAACAAAAGGAAGAAGUGGAUCAAGAUAAAGAUAAUGACGAUAAUGACCAGAGUACUAAAAUGACAAGAGUACUGUCACCAAAUGAGGAAGAUGCCAAGGUGAGCCUUUCAGAGGCAGAGUCUCACCCGUCAAAAUCCAGCGAGUACCUCUCAGACUCCUCACCCUCUGAGGUGAGUGAAGACUCCUCAGACUAUGACUCCAGUUCUGACCAGGAGACAGAAGGUGGGGACAGGGAGGUGGAGUGUGUGGUGUUGUCAUCAGAUGAGGAGGAGAUGGUUGUGGAGUCCCCGGCCACUCCUCCGGCCAUGCCCUCUGCCCCUCUCACUCCCGGCACACAGCUGGAUUUUCUGGAUGAGUCAGAGCUGGUCUUGAGGGAUCAGCCUUGGGAAGAGCAGCGCCUAGUCUGUGUAAAUGGAGGUGCCCUGGGGUUCACCCGCAGAACCUGCCCAGGAAUGGACCUCCUGCCUAGUCAGAACGAGCGUGAUCUCCUGGCUCCCUCACCCAUAGCACUACCAGUAGUGGAAACUGACGUUGAGGUGCAGAUAGGGGGCUUUGAAUGGAGCGCUCAGUCACCAGAUAUCCGGGAGAACCUCCGGCCUCUCACUCCUACCGGCUCUCUGGUGGACAGUGACUCCGACCUGCUGUUCAAGCGCAAAUCAACACCCCCUGCGGGGUUGGAGGUUGAAUUGCCGCGUACUCCUGGCCGGGGAGCGGGGGCCGUGCUAGAGAGCGAAGAGGACAAUUUGCACCGCCUCUUCUCUCUCUCUCCCACAGACAGUGAGCUUUUUUCCCAGCACCGAACCACCCACCCCCCUGCCGCAGCCUCGUACCUGGUGUACGAGGAGGACAGGCCCCGCACACCAGGCAAAGAUGACGGCACUCUGUGGAAUCCCCCUACCCCCUGGAGGGCACCCGUGACCCCGGGCAGAGGGACCUGCUUCACAGAGGGAGGCCCGGGGUUUAGUCCCCCUUCCUGUAGCCCCCUGUCCACCAGCCUCUACAUCAGAACCCCGCGGACACCUGGGAGGGACUUCAUGCCCAUCAAGAGAACACUCCAGAACGCUGCUCUCAUAAAGGCCUCUCCACAGAGGACUAAUGCUACUGCUUCAUCCUGUAAUGAAAGUCCUGCUGACUCAGCGAUUUCAGCGUCGUCCCCUAUCAGCAGGUCUGAGUCGUUGUCUGAGGCGGCCGACAGCGGGGAUGUCUGGCCUAUUCCUCACCUCGGGCCCCGGAGCCGGGCACCCCAGCAGGGUCUGGAGGUGCAGAGAGCGAGGGAGAAUUGCCCCUGGAGGAGGGUGCAGCGGAGAAUGAGGUGGAGAGAGAGACGGAGGACGAGGCGACGGCAAAGGAUGAGUUCAGUGCAGAGAGCCGUGCUGUCCUCCGGGCCCUCGGCCAGUCCCUGUUUCCGCCGUCGCUCUCAGCGUGAGGAGACGGUCGUCCUUCACGGCGUCUGGAGGGAAGGCCUGGAUGAGGAGGAUGCCAAGCUGCUGGAGGAGACCUAUGACAGGCUGCUGCAGCAGGACAAUGGCUUCAGUUGGCUCAGUGACACCCUCUGGGUCCCCCACCCUCUCACCAGAGUCUUUACUGAGAACAGGGAGGAGCUCAGUGAUUGGAUGCGGGCCCAUGUGACAGGAUCGGCCCGCAGUGAGGGCUUUUACGAAAUCAGCAAGAAGGAUAAACUCAAAUACCUUGACAGCUUGUGUCCAACCAGCCAUCCCUGUGCGGAGACCCAGGGGGCGAGUCUCCCGGCCCAGCCGCAGCCCUCCCAGCGUUCUGGGUCAGAGUUCAGGUCGGAACAGCGCCGCCUGCUUUCCUCCUUCAGCUGUGACAGUGACCUGCUCAAGUUCAACCAGCUCAAGUUCCGCAAGAAGAAGAUCCGUUUCGGCCGGAGCCACAUCCAUGACUGGGGUCUGUUUGCCUUGGAGCCCAUAGCAGCAGAUGACAUGGUGAUAGAGUAUGUGGGUCAGUGCAUCAGACAGGUGAUAGCAGAUAUGCGUGAGAAGCGAUAUGAAGAUGAGGGGAUUGGGAGCAGCUACCUGUUCCGGGUUGAUCAGGAUACCAUCAUUGACGCCACCAAGUGUGGUAAUUUAGCCAGGUUUAUCAACCACAGCUGCAAUCCUAACUGCUAUGCAAAAAUCAUCACAGUGAAAUCUCAGAAGAAGAUUGUGAUCUACUCACGGCAGCCCAUCUCUGUCAAUGAGGAGAUCACAUAUGACUAUAAGUUCCCCUUAGAGGAUGACAAGAUCCCCUGUCUGUGUGGAGCAGAGAACUGCCAGGGAUCCCUCAACUGAACACUGCCUCUUAAGCACUCCUGACUUAGUCACUCCUCCUCCUGACUUAGUCACUCCUCCUCCUGACUU